AUGAGCACACCUAAAGACGAAGACGCCUACGUCCCCAUAAUCGACCAGCGUGUCUUCGGCGCCGGUAUCAAACGCAAGCGCAUCGACUUCGUGCCCGCCACAACCACCCAGCAUGAAUUGAACACAACGACGUCCCUCAUAUCCACGCAACCGUCAACAGCAGUGGGCAACCACUAUCUCUCAAUCGUACUCCCAGGCGCAAAUCCCACCACCACGGCCUCCUCUAUCACCACCUCUUCCCCCCUCUGUCCAAUCUGCAAACAACCCGUCCAGGCCACCGGCGCUCCAUCUCCAUCUCCAGCCCCUACUGACGCCACCACGCCCACGCCCACGCCCACGCUGCACGAAUCCUCCAUAGCGCACCAACUGUGCCUGGCGCACUCACAUCCACCCUCCCACCUGCCGCGCGCACACAUAGGCGUGAAAUACCUGACGAGCUACGGCUGGGACGUGGAUGGGCGAGAAGGUCUCGGCGCGCGCGGCGAGGGCAUCAGGAUCCCCAUCAAGGUGCAGGAGAAGCGGAAUACCGCGGGGCUGAUGGAGAGGGCGGACGAUGAGGAGAAGGGGGAGAGGGUCAGGAAGAGGAAGGAGAAGGAGAAGGACAAGCGAAUGGACAAGCCUGUCGUGCUGGAUGCGAAGGCGUUGAAGCGGAGAGAUCUCCAGGAACGGGAGCGCAUGGACAGGCUGAGGCGGUCGUUUUAUGGGCCGGAUCUGGAGAAGUAUUUGGGACCGGAUGGGUGA